AGAAAGGAAGAGAGGAGAAAGGAGAGGGGGGAGAGAGAAAGAGGAGAGAGAAGAGAGAGAGAGGAGGAAGAGAGAGAAAGAAAUGAAGGGAAGAAGAAGAAAGAGGAAUAG